CUCGGAGGUAGAUAUCUAGGUCAGGAUACAAAUACUACACAUCUUUAUUCCUAUCAAUGAUGCUGCUUUCAAUGGCCAAUGGGCCUGCUGCGACCCGACGUCCCAAAGCUCACGAAACCCAAAGCCUAACUUUCUAGCUCACUGAAACCGAGCUUCCGCUUAUCCCGACCCUUCCCACCAAACAUAUUGCAUCGAACCACCAUGACCUCGGCGACCAGGCUCAUUGAUCUUCACCCCAACGUCAAGAUCAAUACGAUUAUCCGUCACCCGCCCGGAUCUCAAUCUGAACAUGGAUCCCCAACGAUCGUCUUCCUCCACUUCUGGGGAGGCUCGAGCAGCACCUGGUCACUCGUAAAUCCUCUUGUCUCGGAGAAAUACCCGACUAUCGCUCUCGACUUCCGCGGGUGGGGAUGCUCGAGCGGCCCGGACGAAAGGGGCGCUUACUCGAUUGCGGCACUGGCCGGCGACGUGGAGGAGGUCAUUGCUGCUCUCGAGAUCAACGAGGUCGUUCUCGUCGGCUUGUCCAUGGGCGCCAAGGUUGCACAACUUGUCGCGGCCCAUAUGUGCGCCGGAGCAGCUCGCAACAAGGAGGCAGCCAAAUUGCGCGGGCUUAUCCUUGUGAGCCCAGCUCCCCCGACCCCGCUGACACUGCCACCGGAUAUGCGUGAACAACAGCUGCACGCCUACGACGACGAGAUUUCCGCCACUUUUGUGGCCAUCAACGUCCUCACGACACGUUUCCGGUCAGAGUCACGCAUCUUGCCUGACUUUGUGGUCAGUGACAUGGUGGGAGGCAACAAGUGGGCUAAAGAGGCCUGGCCUGCUUAUGCGAUGGCCGAAGACGUCUCGGGGGCCGUUGGCAACGUCACAGUUCCUGUUCUUGUGCUCGCCGCCGCCGAGGAUGUCGUGGAGCCCCUGCAUAGGGUAGAGACGGAAUUGGUAUCUCGUUUCCCUAACGCGAGAGUCGAGGUGUUGCCAAAGUCCGGUCACCUCUCACCGUUGGAUGCACCUGAGGCUGUAGCAGGGUAUCUUUUAGAAUUCAUGGAGCACAUGUGAUGCUGGUGCUCCGCUCGCAAUACAGACUCAUGCAUAACAGCGCGCUCACUUCGAUAGAUAAAGCAUCAAUGACUUCACUUAGUCGGAUAGGCUCGGAUCCAACACGAAGGGGCGUUGUCAGGGGGUUGGUGACCAACGUUCAAACUUCUGAAAGAGAUAGAACUAUAUUUUUCAAUGCUGAAACAAACCUCGA